AUGGCAGCUGAGCGCAAAGAGAGGCUUGCAUUCACCUUCCCAAAAAGCAGCCGGGCACUCACGCCCCAGCAGCUACUGCGGGACAAUGUCUGCAGGGAGCGCAGAGGCAGGGAAAUGAGCGUGGCGCAACAGCCGCCGCCGCCGCCGCCGCCGCGUCCCCUCGGCAGAAAAGCAAACCAAGGCGCCACGGACCAUCGCUGCCAAGGCUGCGCCCACUAG